AUGGCAUCCCGCAUUCCUACCUCAACCUCCGUUACGGAGUCCGCCGUUAUCGAGGCCAAGUUUAGCGCUGUUUGGCACCUGAUCAAGUUGGAGAAUUUCGGUCACUUCUGGUCUGCCUUGAAGAACAGCGAGUCUGUCAAGGGUGCUUCUCCUGAUACAGACAUUGUCAAGUGGACUUUCAAGGAUGGAACUGUUUUGGAGGUCAAGCAAGAAGAGCAUUCUGCUAUCGAUCACUACAUCACCUACUCGGUCAUCUCUGCUCAACCCCAGUUGACCUACUCGAGUGUUCUCAGCACUGUCCGCUGCUUCCCCAUCACCUCUGGUAAGCACGAGGGCCACACUUUCAUCCAAUGGACUGGAAGCUUCUCCAGCGAUGCUGAUGCAGGUGUCAUCGAGGAUGCUAAGUACAAGCGCCGUGAGGCUCUCGCCGACCUCGCCAAAGCCGCUGCCAAGUUGUGA